AUGUUCGCACUUGCAGGCAAGCUAUCUAUUACGAGAGCCAAGGAGCUGUAUUGCAGGCUCACACUCACGCGCAUCGGUAUCAUCUUCCUCGUCUUGACCUGCGUACACUGUUUCGCCCUCGGCGGCAUUCAAGUUGCGCUCCUCCUCGGCGAUAUCCGCGCGUUCUCGCUCCUUGAGGACAUUGUCUACACUGCCCAGGUCCCGCUGGACGCAGUUUCCUUGCUAAAAAUAAGCCAUGGCGAGUAUACGUUGAUGCUAUGUACCGAGAUCCCCGUUGUUGCAAAUGGCGUGUCCUCGUGUGAGCUUGUGUACUCAUCUGUGGGCGUCACAACAACUUCGACCUUGCCGAGGCGGGAAGAGGAUCCGUCACUCACGCGUCGGACGCUCCAAGCAAGUAGCAUCGUCUCCUCCAAGAACAGCACAGGCGGUGUUGACGGAGUCGACAUGACUUACACCGAGGGCGGCAGCAGCAACACAGUGUUUCUCAGCCAACAGUGUGCCAAAUCGGUCAUAUACGCUGGCGAGGUCAUGGGUGCCUAUAAGUACGAGGAUGCUGCACUCAUAGGCGCACAGUUCUGGCUCUUCGUUAUAUCUAUUAUAGCUAUCAUAUGUAGCUCCAUCCCGCAAAUCCUGGCGGUCUCCUUCACGCGCGUGGUGGCAACAAUGUGGUCUGCGUAUUCCGUCUGGCACACGCAACACUACCGGUCGAAUUUUGAGCACAUUAUUGUCGCGCCGGACACCCCGUGCCACUUCAACUUCUUUCCAACACACUGGAAGAUGCGCACGGCGCUCAAUAUUACUGACCUGGUGCUGAACAUCACUGCGCUCGCCUUCACUGCCUACCUCGGGCGCAGACUCAUCAAAAUGUACACUGCGUUCACCCUGCGACGUGUUGGCCCACCCCCGGAGGUUCUCUCGCUAUUCUUCACAGUCUGCGCGAUUGGGCUGUGGAUCACCUGGCUAAUGCAGGGCACGAUCGGGAAGAUGACAAACCUUACAAAUCGACACUCCCCCCAUGGAUUGCACUGGUAUGCGGCCUCGGGAACCUAUCAGGUAUACAAGCUGAUGCGUGGUCGAAUACAGGGCUGGUUCGCAGUGCGCCGCGAGAUGAAGCUCGCGAUGGGACUCUUCCUAGCCCUCUGCUUCACAUAUAUUGCGGCGUGGUCCGUCAUGUUUGCCUCACAGGUUUACCGCUUCACGUUCCUGCAGUGGGAGUUCUUCAGUAGCGUGACUGUCGUCUCCUUCCUCGUGCUCAUCUCCACCGGCGUCUUCGGCGUGCUCUGCCGUAUCAACUUUGGGCGUGGGCUCGCACAUUACCUGCACGUUGAAUCCGUCCUCGCGCAAGAAGACUUCGCGCCGGAGGUGUUCCCAAAUGAGAUGGAAGCCCCUAAGCGGGUGUUGCGCGCGAGCAUCGGAAGCUCACCGUCGUCAACGCUGAAGCGGGACAUCAACUGGGACCCCUUCCAAGCAGACGGGCUGGACCAUUCGCCUGUGAUUGUGAUCGACCUGAACUACGAGCCGCAAAAACCUGUGUAG